AGCUCCUCCUGUCCCGCGAGGGCUCACACAUUGGUACAUAGUUGACUCACAGCAGACUGAACUCUUAACGGACGCACCGCUAAUGUGAUAAAACAAUCAUUGGUUGAUACACAUGCACAGUUUGUGCUUGCUAAUGCAUGUCCGCGCCGCUGUGACAUUGACGGAACCCUUACAGGAUUUGGACGUUCACUUUACCUCAAGCUCGCUAGUUUCGCUUGCGCCAAUGCCAUCAUACGGUCUGUACUCUCGACUGUUAUCGAAUCAAGCUCGCGUUUCUAGCCAAGGAUUUGUGCGAUGGUUAAUCGUGGUCGGCCCUCGCGCGAUUGUCAACCCUGCAAGAUCAGGAAACUACGGUGUGACCUCCAGCGUGGGAGAUGCGGGCAGUGUUGUCGAGCCAGCAUCGCUUGCUUUGGUUGGCCCGACCCCGAUGUACUAAUAAUUCGGGACGAAACCAUGUCUACUCAACGGAAAGUCUUAGCCAGGGCCAACAUCCGAGCCAUUGGAACAUCACACAGAAGGCAGUCGCCUGAGUUAUCUUCGGGGGCAUCUGUACCACGAUACAUUAGCAUUGCGUCGUCCUCGUCCGCUCCAACGCCGAUCUCAGACCCCCACGGCAUACAAGCUUUCUCGUUCGAAGAGGAACCACAGCUCCAGGAGACUACGUUUUCUGCCUCUAAGGGCGUAGGACGAGUUGCAUACGAAGAAAGAUCGAUACCAACUUCGUUGUCUUUUUCCUGGGAAGUUCGCGCUCGUAGUGCCUUCUUCUCGUAUUAUAUAUUCGGCUUCUCUCGCAGUCAUGAUGCUUUAACACACUUAUACACUGCCUCAUCCGCCACCAGCGUUCUCUCCGCCGCUGUGGAUGCUGCCGCUUUAGCAUUCUUGGCUAAGCAUCAUCAGGUUCCUGGAUAUGUCCCUAUAAACCCAGCUCCUGGCUCCAGCGAGUUAAUACGCCUGACCAGCAGCAGCUACAUCACUGCGAUAAAACUCAUGUCCGCUAUAGUCGAUACUGCUCUCGCUCCUCAGGUUGGAGCUUUCAGCGGUAAAAGAAACGGGGCAGCUUUUGAAGAUGCUACCUUCCAAGCAGUGCUUCUUCUUGACUUAUGCGAAAAGCUUGCGUGUGUAACUUUGCGCCCGGACGGCAAACGCAUCUCGCACGAUCAUACCAACAAUAGCAACUCUUCCGGUAGUAGGCCAUGGCUAAGCCACUUGCGGGGUGCUUUAGAUCUGGUCCGCGUACGUGGUCUCAAGGGCAGGUACUCCUCAUCCACUGCCAGACGUCUGACCGCUCGCCUGGUCAUGACUUUAGUCAUUAGCUGUGGAGUGUCUGGAGUACAUGUGCCACAAGAAUUAGAAGAGCUUCGGAUGGGGCUUCUACCGUAUCUUAGUACCCCACCACUAAGCGAAGAUCCCGGAAAUUCAAGCAUAUGGAAUAAAGAUGAGGCUAAAGUGGAACCGAAGUUUGCCGUUACGAGCUUGGUUGUUGGGGUUGUUAAUCUUGCGGCCGACAUCCAGCAGGGUAGUCUACCACCUGGUGACCUGAUUCGACGGUCUAACGAACUGGACAAUGGUUUCAUGGACUUGGAAAGUGAACUCCCGUCCUCAUGGCAGUUUGAGCGUAAGUUCUCGGAGAGCGGCUUUCCAGUGGUCUAUGCGGGUUACUAUGACAUUUAUACGGAUCACUUCGUAACCCAAGUACGGAAUGUGAUUCGAAGUAUGCGCCUGCUUUUAUUCGAGCUGAUGUGGAAACGCUGCCCUGACCAAAAGAAUGUCGAUGAUUAUCAAACGGAAAUUUCAGAAGUUGUUGACGGUCUGUGUGGCGAUAUUUGUGCUGCUGUUCCACAGUUUGUCUGGCUCCAAGCAAGGAGCGAGAAUUGUGUUCCUUUCACACCUUUGCAGUUACUGCAGUGCUACACCUUGCUGAGUCCAUUAUACAUAGCGGGAAAGCUAUCUACUCAUGUGACUAUGCGGGCCUGGAUCAUUAGCACUCUACAUUAUAUGGCAGAUUCAGGUGGACUGAUGGCUGCCAAGUCAGUUGCGGAAAUAUUAGAGACCCAUGAUGAUGUCUCAUACUGGCAAGUGUACGCAAUGCUAGGAAGUUACGCCUUUGCGGCAUGAUAAAAAUGAGGGUCCAUAGAGUUUCAAUCUUCACUAUGCGAUAAAGAAACCAUGUGUUCAAGCAUAACACAUUAACACUGGACUUCGAAAACUCCUUUGUCGUCUCAAAGGUGCCCCAGGAAUAUGAACGUGCUUUUUGUAUUUAGAUUAGGCAUUUCUUCCUUCAGUUAUUAUCUGUCUCAGGGGAGAAUUGUAUACUACUCCAAAUAUCUAAUGGCUUCAUGACGUGUAAUUCCG